UAAAAAACAAAUUCUGUGUAUGAAUUAGAUCCCUAUUGAUUAGGCCUAUAUAUGUAUUUAUAGCUUAAUCCAUUCAAAAUAUUAGCAUUUUGGACAAUGCGCUAGUGUUGUGUUAGAUCGGUUGUACUGUAUACUGUACUUUGAUGUCAAGUAUCAGCUUACGCUAUUCAACACAACUACUAGGGUCUAUACAUCUACUGUACAUGUAGUUGCCUUUAUGACAUCUGAACAUGAGCCAAAGUCUACAUGCAUUGUACAUCAUAAUAGUUCAAUGCAAUUGGGUCAUCUGCACAUGAACCUGACAUUAUGGCUGCAAAAAUUCUUCAAAAAGCGGCCUCCACCAUCCUACAGAGAGCAUCGUUUGCAAGUUUAAGCGGAAGGACUGGUGCUGCAAAUUGUCAGAAACAAGCAAGUUGGUUGCUUUCAAGAUGGCAAUCCUCAGUCUCCACUCCAAACACAAAGAGGGCUCCCAUGGACCAGGCAACACGAGAAAAGGCAAACUAUGAAGCAAGAGUGGAGCUUGCACUUGCAUACAGAGCCGUUCAUCACUACGAUCUAGGAGAGGGUAUAUGCAAUCACCUCACCAUGAGGGCUCCAGGAAGGACUACUGAUGAUGACGUCAUGCUGGUCGUGCCUUAUGGGUUACCAUGGCAAAAAGUGACGGCAUCUUCUCUGAUCGGCCUAGAUUUUAAGACAGGUGAAAAGGUUGAAGGGGAGGGCGUGGCACUGGAGAGUGCCGUCUGCAUCCAUAUCCCAAUUCAUGAGGCCAGAUAUGACAAACACGGGACCAUCGCAGUCAUGCAUACACACCAACCCUACGUAACAGCUUUGGCUUGCCUUGACGAACCAUCGCCGUUUGACGAAACUAUGUGUCAGAACAGUAUGCGAUUCUCGGGUCGGAUUGCCUAUGAUUUCGACUACGAAGUGUUAGCUUACGAGAUGGAGGAAGGUGACAGACUAGCUGGGGCUUUGGGAGAUCGUGAUAUCUUGAUAAUGGGCCAGCAUGGUCUCCUGACGGCUGGGAAGAGAGUCUGCGAUGCAUUCGAUGCCUUGUACUACAUGGAAAGGGCUGCCCAAGUUCAGGUGCUGGUUCGUUCGACGGGUGCCAAGAGUCGAUCAUCACCGCCUCAUGUCGUCAAGGAGAUAGCAUCUCACGACUGUUACCCAUACAACGCCAUCACACAUUUCGAAAGUAUGUAUAAACUACUGGAAGAUGAAAAACCAAACUUUAGAGACUGAGGUGGCCGCCUAAAGCACUCUCAUUCCUCGGUCCUGCCCGAUCAAUCAAGGGGCGGUAGCAUUCUAUAUUGUGCACAUAAAAAAUAUGGUGUUAAUCGGUUUUCAUCAUUAUAGUGGACUAUACCCGUCAUCGAUUUACACCAGCGUUAAAUCUACAGUAUUAGUUUGUUCAAUCCCUACAGAUGUUAUUACAACAACUUUGGGUGUUCACUUUAACACCUUCGGUGUUAUAUUCUCUACAACUCUAUAGCGUGUAAUUUUAACACCAAGAGGGACACCAACUGGGCCCCGUUGCAUAAAAGUAUACCAUCAUGGUAACUUUCAUGGAUUCCUUGAUUUUGAUUGGCUAUUGAUCAUCGUUACCAUGGUAGUUACCAUUGGCUGG